CAGUAAUUUUUCGGGCACGCUUAGUUUUGGUCUCGUUGACUCAGCAAAAAUGGAAGGAUUAUUUUUACUAUUUUUUGUGCUCAUUGUGGGAUCGCAGGCAGUUCCCUUUAGCCGGGUAGCAAAUGGAGAAAUAUCCAGCAAUGCUAAUCAUGCAUGUAUGGUACUUGUCAUUCGGUCAGAAUUGAAAGAUACGGGUACUGCAGUCCUAGGAAGUGGUUCUAUCGUAUCAAGACGACACGUUCUCACAGCGGCUCACUUACUGUACGGAGAAAAAAACACCUAUCAGAUAAAUUUCUUUAUUGAACGCUCUCGCCGUUCAUUUCAAUCCACUUUUUCGAUUAUUCAUGAGAACUAUGAUGAAGAUACCUACCAUAGCGACAUUGGCCUGAUAUUUCUUCAGGGAGUGGAUUAUUUCUCUGUACUUAAUGUUAUUCCAAUUUCCACUGUGGAUGUACCAGUAUCAGUAGUUGGUACAGUGACAGGAUAUGGAUUCACAUCAGAAACGUCGAGAACUGCUUCACUUGAACCCAUGUCGGCUAAUCAAACUGUUACUGCUUAUUGCGUUUUUAGUGAUUUCGAAGCGGCUGAAACUCAUUUUUGUGCAUUGGAUUCUGCAUCAUCAAGCAUUAUUUGUCCAGGAGACAAUGGUGCAGGAUUAUACAUUAAAAAUACUACCACCGGAGCAAAUGAACUGAUUGGUGUUGCAUCUCGAAUUAUGAAAGGAUGCUCAAAGACAGACUACACUGGCUACACACGCCUUUCACUAUUUGCAACCUGGGUCAAUGAAAUAACCAAUAUGUAAACUUGCUUUACUAAAUAUGUUCACCAUCACUAAAAACUUGCUGUGU